AUGCUGAAUGUGGAGGAUCCGAAGGCUGUCGUCUCCGAGCUCUUUGAUGUGGAGUAUGUCCGGAUCAAUGAGUCUCACCAUGUGCAGGAGCUUGAGCGCACUGUAGAGAAGUUCUCUGAAAUUUUGGAGAACAACCUGGACAGCACCGGCCGGGCACAGCUCGUUUUCAACCUCUACACUGUUAAGACUCGGAAGCAAAGCCUUUGGAACAGGAUUGUGGGGAACGAAGAAAAGACCGUUUUCGAGCAAUGGAGAAUUCCCGUAUCUGUGCAGCCUUUGAACAGGUAUUUGAAUCCUGCAGACAACUUGAGAGAGGAGGCAAAUUUGCAGGCCUCCGCUUCGCAACAAGUGCAGCAAGUCCUGCAUUACAUAAUCGCCAGAGCCAACAGCAAGGUGGACCAUCUUCCUUCACCGGAGAAAGAUACAGUCUCCUACAAGUUUGAGGUUGCCUUCUUGUCUGGAGAUGGGAAGGCCACGACCUUCAUCAAGAAGGUGUCCAGUGCCGGAGAUGACUAUUACCACAUCUUAGGCAUCGAAAAAGGAGCAAGCGAUGAUGAGAUUAAGAAGGCGUACAGAAAACUGGCCUUGCGACUGCAUCCCGAUAAGUGCAAAGAACCCGGAGCAGAAGAGGCUUUCAAGAAAGUAGGGGAGGCUUUCUCCGUACUCAGCGAUGCAGACAAGAGGCGGAAGUACGACACGUACGGAGCCGAUGCAUUGCGAGGUGGUGGAGGUGGCGGGGCGGACUUUUCGCCCGAAGACCUCUUUGAGGCUCUCGAGUUGCUCGUGCGACAUUCCGUGAAAUCGCGACAACUUUCGCUUCACUUCUGUCCCCGAGGCCUUCUUUGGCGGCGGAUUGCAUCCGGGCAUGGGUGGUGGCCGGACCUUUAUGAGGAGCCUCAUCGCUAG